CUGGGUCGGGUCCAUCCACCGGUCGGUGUGCAGGUCCCCUGUUGCUUUAAGCAGUGUGUUUUUUCGACCAACAGGAGGCGUGUCUUCCCCACGGCCGUAGCGGAGCGCGGCGAGACGCGAGUCUGAAGGAACCGAUCUGGCUCGUCUCUCUAUCGGAACAAAUCAACUACUUUCUCAGCUCAUUCUAAUCGAAGACCGCCCGUGAAUGGAUUUCUCCCGGAUUUGCCCAGACUAUCAUGGAUGCCCCACCGUUAGCUGAGUGGGAAGGUUGUUUCUUGGCGCAGUGAGCUGGACACGCAGCGCUUGCUAAUGGAUCUGGGGAAACGAAUGGUACCUUCUCACUGACUGACCAUGCCGUGAUCUUGCCGUGGGCCGUCACCCUGUUUAACGUCAAAAGAGAACAUUUCGGGGGAAUCUACUGAUCCAGGGAAUAAAUAGUGUGGCAUCACACAGACACCAUGAAGAUUACCUCCCCGCUCAUAAGUAAAGCGAGAUUCAGAUGCACCGUCAGGCUUCUACUGCUGCUAUUACUAUGUGUGGGAUAUUCUCGCGGGAUGCCACACGUUUUAAGAUUUGGAGGAAUAUUCGAGUCCAUUGAGUCGGGGCCAUCAGGUGCUGAGGAACUAGCCUUUAAAUUUGCUUUAAAUACAAUCAACAGGAACAGAACCCUACUGCCAAACACAACGCUAACAUACGACAUCCAACGGAUAAACAUCUACGACAGCUUCGAAGCCUCCAGAAAAGCCUGCGACCAACUAUCUCUGGGGGUGGCGGCCAUCUUCGGGCCCUCCCACAGCUCGUCGGCCAAUGCGGUCCAGUCCAUCUGUAACGCGCUUGGAGUGCCCCACAUCCAGACCAAAUGGAAGCACCAGGUGUCUGACAACAGGGACUCCUUCUACGUCAGCCUCUACCCAGACUUCUCCUCUCUCAGCCGAGCCAUUCUGGACCUGGUUCACUUCUUCAAGUGGAAGACGGUCACCGUUGUCUAUGAUGACAGCACAGGUCUUAUUCGGUUACAGGAGCUCAUAAAGGCUCCAUCUCGCUACAACAUCCGCUUGAAGAUCCGCCAGUUGCCAGCGGACACCAAGGACUCCAAGCCUCUCCUCAAGGAGAUGAAGAGAGGGAAGGAGUUCCACGUCAUCUUCGACUGUGGACACGAAAUGGCUGCCGGCAUCCUAAAACAGGCUCUUGCUAUGGGGAUGAUGACAGAGUACUAUCACUACAUCUUCACCACACUGGACCUGUUUGCGCUGGACGUGGAGGCCUACCGUUACAGUGGGGUGAACAUGACUGGCUUUAGGAUCCUGAAUACGGAGAACAGCCAAGUGGCCUCCAUCAUAGAGAAGUGGUCCAUGGAACGCCUGCAGGCCCCGCCCAAACCUGACUCUGGCCUACUGGACGGCUUCAUGACGACGGACGCUGCGCUCAUGUACGAUGCCGUGCACGUGGUGGCCGUGGCCGUGCAGCAGUCUCAGCAGAUCACUGUCAGCUCCCUACAGUGCAACAGACACAAACCCUGGCGCUUUGGGAACAGAUUCAUGGCCCUCAUCAAAGAGGCCCACUGGGAUGGCUUGACUGGGCGGAUCACUUUCAACAGAACCAACGGCUUGAGGACAGACUUUGACCUGGAUGUGAUUAGUCUGAAGGAGGAUGGACUGGAGAAGAUUGGAACAUGGGACCCUCCUAGUGGCUUGAACAUGACAGACCACCAGAAAGGGAAGACAUCCAAUGUCACAGAUUCCUUAGCCAACAGAUCUCUAGUUGUCUCCACUAUACUGGUGGAGCCCUAUGUGAUGUUCAAGAAGUCAGACAAGCCCCUUUACGGUAACGACCGCUUUGAGGGUUACUGCAUCGACCUGCUGAGGGAGCUGGCUAGCAUCCUGGGGUUCACCUACGAGUUGCGUCUGGUGGAGGACGGCCGCUAUGGGGCCCAGGACGAGACCACGGGCCAGUGGAACGGCAUGGUCAAGGAGCUGAUCGACCACAAAGCUGAUCUGGCAGUGGCUCCCCUGGCCAUCACCUACGUGAGGGAGAAGGUCAUCGACUUCUCCAAGCCCUUCAUGACACUGGGGAUAAGUAUCCUCUACCGCAAGCCCAACGGAACCAACCCUGGGGUCUUCUCCUUUCUCAACCCCCUCUCACCUGAUAUCUGGAUGUAUAUUCUGCUGGCUUACUUGGGUGUCAGUUGUGUGCUGUUUGUCAUAGCCAGGUUUAGUCCCUACGAGUGGUAUAACCCCCACCCCUGCAACCCCGACUCAGAUGUAGUGGAAAACAAUUUCACCCUGCUAAAUAGUUUCUGGUUCGGAGUUGGAGCUCUCAUGCAGCAAGGCUCUGAGUUAAUGCCCAAAGCCCUGUCCACCAGGAUCGUAGGAGGCAUCUGGUGGUUCUUCACCCUGAUAAUCAUCUCCUCCUACACGGCCAACCUGGCUGCCUUCCUCACUGUGGAGAGGAUGGAGUCGCCCAUCGACUCAGCUGACGACCUGGCCAAGCAGACAAGGAUAGAGUAUGGAGUGGUGGAGGAGGGAUCCACCAUGACCUUCUUCAAGAAAACCAAGAUCUCCACAUACGACAAGAUGUGGGAGUUUAUGAGCAGUCGGAGGCACUCUGUGAUGGUGAAAGAUAUUGACGAAGGGAUCCACCGAGUUCUCACCUCGGACUACGCCUUCCUCAUGGAGUCCACCACCAUCGAGUUUGUCACCCAGCGCAACUGCAACCUUACGCAGAUAGGGGGUCUCAUCGACUCCAAAGCCUACGGUGUGGGAACCCCCAUGGGUUCUCCGUACAGGGACAAGAUCACCAUAGCGAUCCUGCAGCUGCAGGAAGAAGGAAAGCUGCACAUGAUGAAGGAGAAGUGGUGGAGGGGGAACGGUUGUCCGGAGGAUGAGAAGAAUAAGGAGGCCAGCGCUCUGGGGGUCCAGAACAUCGGGGGCAUCUUUAUCGUUCUGGCGGCUGGACUCGUCCUGUCGGUGUUCGUGGCAGUCGGAGAGUUCAUCUAUAAGUCCAAACAAAACGCACAGCUGGAAAAGAGGUCCUUCUGCAGUGCCAUGGUGGACGAGUUGCGGGUGUCCCUCAAGUGCCAGCGGCGCCUCAAACACAAGCCUCAGCCGCCCGUCAUGGUGAAGACAGAGGACGUCAUCAACAUGCACACCUUCAACGACCGCAGACUGCCAGGCAAAGAGACCAUGGCCUAGAACAGGACUCCCUUUCUCUCUAUCCCUCUAACUCUUUCUAUCUCUCUCUGCUGUCACAGGGAGGAGUGUAGGGUGAAGAGACACUGGGGGAGGGAGGAAGGGUGAUAGUUGAUUUAUGUGAGUGUAUUUGGAGGGGGGGGUUAAGAGAGAUGGGAGAGGAGAUUGGGAGAGGAGAUGAGAAGAAAGGAGGAGAGAAGAGAAGUGGAGAAGAGAGGAACUGAGCUGCUCUGAUCACUGACUGGACUGACUGUCUGGCAUCAUUGUUUUGAAACACUAAGCAAGAAAUGAAAAGAGAUUCAACAAUGUUUCCUGUGGAAAUAACUUGAACGAACCUGGGAGCAAUUCAAUGUGAGUUACCUCAUUAAUCUACCUGGCAAUGCACAUGAGCAAGGAGUGACCAAGUGGUGCCAUGAUUUAGUAUAAAAAAGAGAUAGAUAAACCCAGGAUUCAGAGGAAAGGAGGGAGGGCAGGUUAAAUUGAAAGUAUAGAAUAUCACACAUAUGAUACAUGUUUGGUUGUACGUUAAAUAUUGAUUCAAUUUGGACAUGUGAUCUCUAUCUGCUACCCAACCACUCUCUCUCUCACUGAGUAGACCACAUGCAGAGAGCUUGGUUAGGUAGAAUCAGGAGUGCGUACAUCCCUCAGUCAUAGUUAUGGAGCAGACACAUACACAGACACUAAUAGAAGAAAUAGAGAGAAAAUCAGUUGGCGAGUGUGUAAAGGACGCAUCUUGUUUUUAUUCAACCAUAGAAGAAGAAGGAGACCAGAUGGGCUAGAAACAGCCAGUUCCAAAUUAAAUCCAAAGCCCAAAAUGCAUUGGUGAGCAGGACAGAACGGCUCCCAACAUGUACAGAGGCAUCGUUUAUUCAUAUGAUUCACUGUUGGAAAGAAUACAGUACAUUAUCCAUCAGGCAAUAGGGGAUUUAAUUUACUUUAUUUCAGAGUACUAACAUUUUGUUAAAUUAUGGGGGAUGGGGAACUUUUUUUGAAUGAAAAAAUAUAUACAUAUAUAAAUACAAGAGAGAUGACCGGGUGUGAUGCAGUGAUGUAAUAGAGGAAUUAGGUGAUUGGAGAUUACCGGGUGUGAGGCAGUGAUGUAAUAGAGGAAUUAGGUGAUUGGAGAUUACCGGGUGUGAGGCAGUGAUGUAAUAGAGGAAUUAGGUGAUUGGAGAUUACCGGGUGUGAGGCAGUGAUGUAAUAGAGGAAUUAGGUGAUUGGAGAUUACCGGGUGUGAGGCAGUGAUGUAAUAGAGGAAUUAGGUGAUUGGAGAUUACCGGGUGUGAGGCAGUGAUGUAAUAGAGGAAUUAGGUGAUUGGAGAUUACCGGGUGUGAGGCAGUGAUGUAAUAGAGGAAUUAGGUGAUUGGAGAUUACCGGGUGUGAGGCAGUGAUGUAAUAGAGGAAUUAGGUGAUUGGAACUGGAAGUGACAUGAAGAGUUACGGACAUGAUGAAAGUAGUAACCUUAGAAACCUUAGUAGUUUGAAUUGAAGGAAAGCAGGAGUGGAUCUGAAACAACAUUCACAGCAAUCACACAACAUGAGGAAUUUAUUUAUUCAAGUAUUUAUUAUUUUAUUUAUAUUUUCAUUGACUGGAUUUUCACAGCAGCUACAAGGAUACAGUACACACCUCAUUUUCAGAUUUGAUGGGUUCAAAUUUUUUGGUUUCCUUUUUCUGUUCGAUGUCAAGUCUCAAGUUUCUUUUUGUAUUCUUGUGGCUUUUAUUUUAGUAACAAAAUCCUCACAUUUACUUGUGCAAAUGCAAUUUCUAUGAAAAAGUGUUUUUGUACGAAGAAAAUCAAAAAUUUUGUAAUAAUUUUUAUCAACACAAAAUGUACCACGGAUGUCACCACGGCAGACAGCGAGCCUCUCUCUCCACUGUGGGCCGUGUGGGCAUCCCAAGGGAUAGCAGCCCCAUCUAGGAUAGCCCCGUCAGGCCUAACACAAUCCCCUCCAGGGGGUCACGAGAACAACCCCUCCAUGGACCGGCCUCACACCAAUGGGGUCUCCAGAUCAUUCUGGUUGAGCUUCAGUGGCAUAAUACAUGUUUUGGAAAAACUAUUUUUAUCAUGUAAAGGAAUCAUAUUUAAAAGAAAGAUAUUUUUACUUCAGGUGAAAGAAGAGUAAUGAUUAAACAAUAAUUAGAAGAAUACAUAUAUAUAUACACACAAAGAAGCUGAAGUGAAGAGGACUGCCAAUGAUGAUUUUCAUUCUACACCCCUGAAUUCCAAUAGACUGCUAGUUUUCAGUGCUGAGAAAUUGUGUGUAAAUGGUUAUAAAAACGGAAAAAUAUGUAUUUAACAAAAUAAAGAACACCGACAGUGGCAAGAACAAGUAAGUGAAUCCCCUCGAAAUACCUGGAUUUCUGCAUAAAUUGGUUCAUAAAAUUUGAUCUGAUCUUCAUUUAGGUCACAACAAUUGACAAGCACAGUCUGCUUAAACUAAUAACACACAAACAAUUAUACAAGCAAUGAUACGUUUUCAUGUCUUUAUUGAACACACUGUGUAAACAUUCACAGUG